AUGAAGAUCAACGUCGCCAACCCUGCCACGGGCGCGCAGAAGUCGUUCGAGUUCAUGGACGAGCGUCUGGUGCGCUGCUUUUACGACAAGCGCAUGUCUCAGGACGUUGAGGUCGACUCUCUCGGUGACGAGUGGAAGGGCUACGUCCUUCGCAUCGGCGGUGGUAACGACAAGCAGGGUUUCCCUAUGAAGCAGGGUGUCCUCCUGCCUCAGCGUGUUCGCCUGCUCCUUGGUGAGGGCGACUCGUGCUACCGUGUGCGCCGCGCCGGUCAGCGUCGUCGGAAGUCCGUCCGCGGCUGCAUUGUGGGCCCUGAUAUUCAGGCCCUGCACUGCAUUAUCGUGAAGCAGGGCGAGCAGGAGAUCCCCGGUCUUACUGACGCUGAGAGCGCUGUCCCCAAGCGUCUUGGUCCUAAGCGUGCCAACCACAUCCGCAAGUUCUUCAACCUCACCAAGGAUGACGAUGUGCGCCAGUACGUCAUCCGCCGCACUAUUGAGCCCAAGAAGGAGGGUGCCAAGCCUUACACCAAGGCCCCGAAGAUCCAGCGUCUCAUUACCCCUCAGCGCCUGCAGCGCAAGCGUGACGCCCGCCGCGUGAAGAAGGAGCGGAUCGUCAAAAAGCAGGAGGCCAAGGCCGCCUACGAUGCCUUGGUCGCCCAGCGCCUGGCCGAGAGGAAGCAGCGCCUGGCCGCUUAA